AUGUUAAAAUUGAUUGAUAAACUUUGUAACACUCUCAAAUUACACUUAGAUCUAUCUUCUACAACUAAUGUAUCAAUCUGAAAUUUAAUAUAGGAUAUUUUAUAAACUAAUAUACUCAACUUUAUUAAAGAAUGUGUCAUUUACAUUUUUCAUAUUCCUAUUGAAUAUGAUAUUGAAUCAUUUUUCACCAUUUCUGAUAUCGAUAACACUAUGUUUAAUAUUCAAUCAUUCUUUAAUUCAAUUCAUCAAAAGAACCAUUUUAAAUACAUAUUCAAAAAUGAAGGUUUUUAAUCAGGAGAAUUAAGUUCAAGUGAUGAAUUUGAUUCCAUCAUUAGAAACAAACCUAAAGUACAUAAAGCACAUUCCUUAGAACAUAAACCUACUGAUAUACCUCCUAAUGAAAAUGAUUUAUCUUAAUUAACUACACUCUAGCAAUUAUUGUAUGAAACAAACCUCAAAGUAACCAAAAGAGAUGAAUAAAUUUUAUAAAUGACUACAAAUUAUUUAAAAGACAUACAACAUCUUAAAUCAAUGGUAUUCAUAUUUUUCUAAUUAAGUUUUUGAGGUAACUUGAAAAUCCUGGAACUGAGUUUUAUGAAGUUAAUUACUUUGAUAUAAAAUAAGCUUUAGAACCAGAAUUGUAGAAUUAUAUUUAGGACAAAUUUAAUCUGUUAUAAAAAUAAUGUUAAUAAACUGUUUAAAGAUAUAAAAUUGAAUUGACUGCUUUGAGUACUGAAUGUGAAUCUCAUAAAAGAACCAUUUAAGUUUUACUUUAAAAUAAUACACUUUAAUCUAUUAUUAAAAUGUUAUUUUUAAUAGAAAAAGAUCCAUAUAAAAUUUGGAAACAAAUAUAAGAUUAAGUUGGAAAUAAAAUAAUUUUUCAAGUAUUUGAUAAUUAAAUUGGUGGCUACGGAAUUAAUUAUAGAGAAAUUGAUGAACUUAUUUCUAAAAAUUCAGCUGGAGGUCGAAUGUUUUAAAGAUAAAAAUAAUUAUAAGAAGAGUAGUUAAAAAUUAUGAUAGAUGAUAAUAUUUAAAUUAUAUCCAAUUUAAAAUAAGAAAUAUCAAAUAAAGAAUAAAUUAUUGAAGAAAUUUAAUUAACACAUUAAGAAAAUGUAAAUAAAAUUUAAGAAUAAUUUUAUGAAACACUUGAAUAGAAAUUAAAAGAAUAAUAAAUAAAACUUUCAUAAGAAUUUGAGAUUAAAUUAAAAUUGCAAUAGAAAGAUUUGACCGAUCCUCAAUUAAUUAAAAAAAUGAGUCUAAAAUUUGCCUUUGCAAGAUGGGUCAAUUUUUCCAAAUUUUAUUAGCUUUAUUAAUAAGAUUUAGAUGAAGAUAGUUUAUAUGAAUUGAAAUAAAAAAUAAAUAAUUAUUUAAAAUAGGUAAAUGAUGAAUUUACUUUGAAAGAUUAUGAAAAAUUGAUAUAAAAUUAUUAGUAAGCUCAAUAUAUUGUUAUAAAACUAGAGUAAGAAAAAAAUAUAAUUGAAUAAAAAUGUAAAUCUCAAUAAAUGGAGAUUUAAAAACAUAAAAAUACAAUUUAAAUGUAAUUGUAAAUAAUCCAAACAUUAAAACAGGAAUUAUAAAAUAAUGAAACAACUAUCAAAUUAAUAACUAAACCCUUUUGCUAAAUAUUACAAAAAGUAGGUUAUCCAUCAAAAAUAAAUUUGUUAUCACUUUUAAAGAAUGGAAUCAAUUUAGAGUUUUUAUAAAGUAAUGAUCCCGAAAUUUAAUCGAGUUUAAUAACUUUCUUCUAAUUGGCAAUUGCUUAACAAAUAAUACAUAAUAAUAAGCCAAAAAGUGACGCGGAAACUAUUACUGAUUUUUUUGAUGUAAUAUAGCUUUGUAAAUAUAGAUUAGAUAUACUAUGAGUUAAGAAUUCAAUGAAGAUAGUAAUUUUUAACAAAUCAGAUUAUAGUCUACAGAAGCUCCAUUAAUAUAAUUAUAAAUUACAGAAUAUGCAACUAGUCCAAAAGAAUAACUAAAUUUUUCUUAUGUUGAAAAUAAAUUUCCAUUAAAAGCAACUCAGAAAACAUCUAAUAAUACUAAUUAAUCUCCUAAAUCAAAUCGAAUUUAAAAUUAAUAACAAUAAAACAAUAUACCAAAGAUUAGUUAAAAGAAAGAUAGAAAUAAUGAAAGUAUAUCAUAAAAAAGAGAGAAAAAAAGUUAAUAAUAAUUACUAGAUACAAAUUCUAGUGGAUUUUAGAAAUAAGUUGAUAAGAUUAGAAAAAGAGAUAAUCUAAUGAUCCAAGAAAUAAAUUAUAUAGAUAAAGGAAUUUAAGUGAAUAUAGAAUCAUAAUCAACUCAAUUUAAAAAUAAUGCAAAUGUAUAAUUUAGAGAUAUGGAAGAAUUCUCUCCUUAAUAAGAUUAUUUAGUAAUAAUGAGGGAUGAAGGAGAGUCGAGAGCAUCUUCAGUAACAAAGAGAAGAAGUAUCAGUUAAAAUAAUAAGAAAUAACAAUUUAAUAUUCCAAAUUAAUUUAUAAAUAAUCAAAACUUAACUUUAUAUUAGGCAUCCAAAUUAAAAACCUAAAAUAAAACAGUUUUUUCAGAUCAAUAGCAAAUUUAAUAGAAUGUAAAUUAAGGGUUGGGAUUCUUACCUACAAGUCCAUUUUCAUUUUAUUAAGAAUUGUUUAAAGAGAAAUAAAAAUUGCAAUUAAAAAAUUAUACAAUAAUUAAGGAUUAAGUAAAUUAAAAUAGUUACAAAAGAAAAGUAGAACCAAGUAUAGAAGGUAAACAUUUACAAAUUCCAAAUUAUUUAAAAUGA